AUGAGUGGACGGACGCCCGUUACCAUUGUGGUUGAACACUUAGAUCCCGAAUUGGGUACAUGGUCUGCCCUGGAGUAUGGCUGCAUCGCCCGAGAAUCUCAUGCAGCAGGUAGCAGAUUUCUCCUGAGUUCAGUUCCCAAGUCGCUGCAAAUGCCGGACGACCUGGCGGCUACAAAAGGGCUCGAGGUUGAGCAUCGCAGCGUCGAAGAGGUCUUCUCAGACCGACAAUCCAAGAUAUGCCUGUUGGACCCUUCUGCUAAGGUCGAACUUAGCCCCGCUGAUGGUGAUACCUUUGAGGUCUUUCUCUUUGGAGGGAUACUGGAUCGUACUUCUGAACUGAGGAAAAAGGGUUAUGAAGGAAGGCGGCUAGGACCCGUGCAGAUGACGACUGAUACAGCUGUACGGGUCACCCGCAUGGUUGUCCACGACCGAGUUCCCUUAGAAGAGAUUCAGUACAUCGACAAUCCAGAGAUCGUGAUCAAUGAACAUGAGCGGACUGAGAUGCCUUUCCGCUACGUAAAAGACAGCAAGGGCAAGCCUAUCAUGCCCGAGGGCAUGGUGGAACUAAUUAAAAAGGAUGCUGAGAAAAGUAUUGAGGAUCUUUUUUAG